GUCAACUGCAGUUUGUGCUGCCUCGACGCGUCAGAGGCGGACUUGAAAACGCAGCUUUCGCACUCUGUCUCCUCUUUCAUUCACAAUAGUUGGAUCUACUGCUCGCUUUCCACAUCAAGGAGCGGUGAGAUAUGCAGACACGUACCCCGGUUCAACACGGUGGUGCAUGGCUGGCGCAAUGCGUGCGCGAUGCGAAGGUGCACAAGAUCCAGCAGGUCAUCCGCCCCUUCCCAAACAGCGGUGGAGAUGCGCUGCCGGUGCGUGGCGUCGUCGCAACCCGCCGCAUCCACCGCGGAGAGCACAUCGCAACGGUGAAGAAGGAAUGUGUGCUGACGGGCCAGAGUGCGACGGAGCUACUGCGACACGUUUGUCGCGGCCGUAUCAACGAGUCCGGCGCCGUCGCGAGUUCGUCCGAUGCCUUGCUGAGGCCGCUUUCAACGCAGACCGUCGACGGCCUCAUCGGCCGCCUCUCUCGCUUGCCGCUCUCCUCCGCCGCUCCUCCCCACCUCCUCCUCUCGCGGGACGCAUUGCUGAUGACGACGGCUCUGUACAUCUCCCACAGCCCCAUGCAUCAGGCGGCCCUGCCCUCCGCGCAUCCAAUGUGGUGCUGGAUGGGUGCCUUGCCCCGCCGGCCACCACCGAUGGGGGUGCUGCUGCGUCAACACUUUACGCGUGACGCUGCCUUCGAACCCCUCACGCGGCGUCUUCGACUCGGUCAGCAAACACGCGAGGUACGACCCGGCGAAGACGUCACGGCGGCAUCAACGGAGUUGAUGGUGCAGGCGGUGGAGUCGGGAGAGGUGGGGCUGACGGAGCUGCGGCACCCGACUGUGGAGACGGCGCUCACAACCGGCGUCCUUACAAACUACUUUAAAGGGCGCACCUCCGCUCUCACGGCCCGGCAGCGCGCGACGCAGCGAGCGCAGAGUGGCGCCGCCGUGCAGGAGGACGACGCCGUGCAUUUAUUUUUAUCCUGGGAGCAGCACCUGCAGACGCAGCUGGUGACGGCGCUGCUGUCUGCGUUGCUCACCGCCCCUUCGAAUUCGCCUCCACCUCCCCCCGAUGUGCUCGACUCUGCGGCGUGGCAGGCGGAGGAGGCGGCGCUGCGGUGGGCCCACUUUAUGCUGCGCUCCCGCGCUGUCAACUUGAACUGGCAACGACAGGGCGUGCCGCAGCUUUCACUGAUACCGCUGGUGGACAUGCUGAAUCACGGCGACCGCAAAGCCAACGUCGUGUACCACUGCGAGGACAGUGGCGAUGUGGCGUUGACGGCGUCGCAGACAGUCGCAGCAGGCGAGGAGCUGGUCUUGCGGUACAACCACAUCGGUCAGCGCGGGUGCCUCUUCGGGGAUCAGCCACGGCCCGCCAUACCCGAGGAAGGUCCGGAGAGACGACCGCAGCAGGCGGGCCGCACGACGGCUGCCACUGCGCGUGCGGUCGAAGAAAUCGAGAAGCGGCAGUACCACGAGCUCUACGCGCGCGACGAAGAUGAUGAUUCGGUGCUGAGCUCGGCUUCCAUCAUGGCGACAUCGUCUGCGCGGAGCGGCAACCUCGCCCCUUCUCAAGCACGUCACACGAACCCUUCCCAACAACAGCAAGCCGUGGCACUCGCCCAUCACGAAAUGCAGCAGGAGGUGCAGUGGCUUUGGCGGUACGGCUUCCUGCGCAGCACUGAGGAGAAGAAUCGAGAGGCGGCGCAGCUGUGGAGUCGCGGGUUGCGCAGCCGCAUCGCGCACCUCACCGACGUGCGCCGCAAAGGUAGGCCGGGCGAGUUUGUGAUUGGAGUGCCGGAGGGGCUGCAACAGCUGCGCGAACAACGCGCGCAACUCGAGCGGGAGCGCUACGCGAACCAUCGCGUCUUCCCUCCCCAGCAGCAAUGA